AUGGGCGCACUGCUACAGGUCUAUCGAGAAGUUGUAGGACCUGUGCCUCCAGCCAUGCCCCCUCCUCCGCCGACAGUGAAACCACUGACAGUCACCACCGAUCUAGGUCGGCUCUCCAAGCGUCGCUCACCCACCUGCGCUCUCCAGCAGGCAGUCGCCUCCAAGCUAGAGGAAGAGCUGGCUGAGACGGCCGGUCUCCACCUCGCCGUGGACCUCCUGGCAGCAGACCCCCCCACGUGUCCCGUGACUGUCGCGUGCGACUCACGAGCCGCACUGCAGGCCGUCGCGAAACCGGAAUGGGCGGGUUUCGGCACUCAACUGCUGGUCACCAAGCUGCAUGCCCUCCUCGCCAGUGGCGUCGAUGUCUCCCUGCAUUGGGUCCCAUCUCAUGUGGGUAUUCAGGGAAAUGAGCAAGCAGACGCACUGGCGAAGGAGGCACAUCACUCUACCGUCGCUGUCUGCCGUGCUGUGGUCGCCUCAGACUAUUCGAGGCUGACCUUGAGGCGGCUGUUGCUACGCUGCCACCCCGACGAACGUGUGGCCAGGCUGUUGUGUGUGUGCCCAACGCUUCAAGCACAACGAGCUGCCUUGCUCGCCGCACUCCGUCGCCAGGGUAUUCCCGCGGCUACACAGAGGGACCUCCUUUUCCCUGCAAAGCACCACACCCAGGUUUUCAAGGCGGUUCUUCGCUUCCUUGAGGACACUGGACUUGCCAACCGGCUAUAG